CUCUGCUUUAUUUUUUGCUUCUGACUCGGUGGGAGCAACACAAAGGAGCUGCUCCUCCAUCUCAUUCAUCCAUCCUUCAGCCGUCCAUUCAUCCGUCCAUCAGCCGUUCCCCGAUCAAGUCUGGGUGGUGAGGAUGGACCUGCACAGCCGCUUGGUUCAGCUCGUCUCAGUCAUCGUCCUGGUAUCUUCGUGGUGCGUUCAAGGACUCCGUGUAAGCCUUUUCCCCAGGGAUCCUCUUUUAAGGUUGGGUGAGCAUCAACAGCUGCUCUGCUGGGUGGAGGAUUGUCCCGUGAAGCCGACUUUGUUCUGGUCUUCAUUGGAGGACCAUCCUCUGUCUGCUCUGAGAAGCAGCAAUCUAACUCACAGCGUGCUGACCUUGGACCCCGUGGGGAGGGAGCAUGAGGGGUCGCUCCUCUGCUCAGUCACCUGUGGAGAAGAGAAGCGACAGUUGCAAACCUCUGUGAGGGUUUACUCCUUCCCAUCAGCCCCGGUGAUCGCAGGUCAGGACCAGCUGAAGCUGGGGGUGGAGUCUGCAUUAACCUGCCAUGUGCCUGACAUAUAUCCCACUGCACACCUCAAUCUCACCUGGGUCAGAGGAGACACCGUCCUGAUGAGUGGAACCUCAGGCCCGUUGGAGUAUAGGUUCACCCCCCAGAAGCAGGACUCAGGGGGGAGCAUCACCUGCAGGGCCACAUUGGAAAUGGAAAAACUAUCAGAUCCAAACAGGACCAGAGAGACCACCGUCCUGCUAAAUGUUCUCUAUGCUCCUGUUGUCGUGACGAUAUCAGAAGGAGUGGAGGUGAUGGCCAACUCUUCACUCACGCUCAACUGUUCAGCUGAGGGAAACCCAGAUCCAAGGAUCACAUGGAGCUUCAAGACCACAGAUGGUUGGUCUGUCAGGAAAAGUGAAGCAGGUCGGCUCUUCGUGCCCAUGGCCAGCCUUUCUGAAGAUGGACUCUACAGAUGUGAGGCCAGAAACAAGGAAGGAAACAGCAGCGCCACUGUGGUUGUCAAUGUUUUUGCCCCGCCAACCAACACCUCCCUGUCAGUGAGCCCAGGUGAGGACGUAGUGGAGGGUCAAAAGGUGACAUUUACCUGCAGCUCAGACGGAGCCCCUCCUCCAAAACUGCUGUUGAAAAAAGGCGAGGAGGUGGUGCAGCUAGACGAGGAUGGCUCUCCACUCACCUUCAGCAUCCGUUCUGCUGCACUGGAAGACUCCGCCUCUUAUCUAUGCGAGGCAUCCAAUAAACACGGCUCCCAGGCCGUCAGCAGCUUCGUCACCAUCCGAGCUCAUCCGCUGCAGGUGGAGGCCAAGCCUCUGGUCUCAGCGGAGCGGGGCUCGGCUCUGACUCUGACCUGCCGAGCCUCUGGAUGCCACCACCAGCUGACGCUCCUCUGGAGGAAGAUGGACCAGAACCAGACCGUCUUGCAGAGGACGCAGCAGCAGGAUGCACAGUCUGAGCUGCGCCUGCAGGAGCUGGACCUCCAGGAUCAGGGGGGAUACAGCUGUGAGGCUGAGUGUGACUCCGUCAUCCGGACCACGGACAUCCACGUCCAGGUGUACUCUUUCCCGUCUGAUCCCAUUUUGGAAGAUCCUGGUCCCGUUCUGCUGGGUCAAAAAGUUACAUUCCACUGCAACAUGACUAACGUCUUCACGCCCCAUCAGCUGAGGGUUCGGUGGCUGCGAAAGAACCACGCACUGAUGACGGAGACGUUUAGCUUCUCUGGUUCUCUGCAGAACAUCUCAUCUAGUUUGGAACAGCAAGUUGAGGAGGAUCACAUGAAUGUGACGUGCAGCGUGGAGCUGCUGACUGAAAGCAGAGACGUGUUGAGGUCCAGAAGGACCAGCGUCCCUCUUCAGGUUCAUUAUCCUCCUAGAAUGAUGUCCCUCUCCACGAAUCCAGGCGAGGAGGUGCUGGAGGGGCAACGAGUGACCUUCACUUGUCGCGCUGAUGGGGCACCGCCCCCCACUCUUGUGAUAAAAAGAAAUGGGGAGGAGCUUCAUGUGAAUAGCCCCACCUCCUCCUCAUUGCUCACCUUCGACAUCUCCUCCGUUGUGCUGGAAGAUUCUGCCCAGUACCAGUGCGACGCGUUCAACCAGUAUGGAAACCAGUCGGUCUCCAAUGAGAUCAAAGUCAAAGCUCCUCCGCGGAACACCACAGUCCUCAUCCUGCCCUCUUCUGUGGUCCAGGAGGGACAAAAUGUCACCGUGUGCUGCCAAACCAUCAGCUACCCUCCAUCAGCUGUGACUCUGCAGAAAAUGACCAACGGCACAGUCUUAAGCUCCAGCAAUGGCACAUUCCUGCUGGUGAACGUCACGGCCAGAGACUCCGGCUUGUACCAGGUCAACGUGACCAACGAUCUCGGGUACCAGAUUAAAGUCUUCAGCAUCAGCGUCAGAGAGAGUAGCAGAAGACUUCCCCCCAGGCUUGGUGUCAUCGUCAUCUGUGUGGUUUGUGUCACAGCUGGAUUAGCAACUUCUGCUCUGCUGCUCGAGUAUGUGAGGAGAUCCAGGAAGAAAGGCUUUUAUCAGCUCCCACAGUCCGCCCCGCCCUCAACUCGUGGCUAACACGUAACCUCUGUGGGGCUGAUGCACAUAAAACAGCCGCUGAAAGGUUUAGAAACUUCAGACUUGGCUGCUAUGAAUGAGGCUGCUCAAAUGCAACAUUUGUACAAAAUGUAGCACUGAAAGUGUCAGCAGGAGGCCUGGGCUGCUAAAAUGCAGUAAUGCAGCUCUGAGGAUACUGGGGUUUGAUCAUGUGACUUCAGACCACGACACACAUGGAUGCUAACUCCUGAGGCGUGGCUUUUUUGGCAUCUACGUCUCAUAAGACCAACCUUCGGCUCACGUAUCUCACCAUGCGGCGACCAAAUGGAGCUCCAUCUGUCAACAAGCUGCCGUCAACCAACUCCACAGAAAAUGCAUGCUGGGAUGAAAAAUAGAAAAUUCCUGGCACAAACAUCAGGUCAGCUUUUGUACGUGCCAGGAGCUGUGUUUCAUUUCUAUUGAGUUUUAGUAGAACUCUGUCACAGUAGUUCCACUCUCAGAAGGAUGAAGCUACACGUUUAAGGAUCCUAUAAAUCAAUGGGUGGAAUAUGGUUCAAAGCCAAAUACCCAAAGUUCACUGAGGCUGGAGAUCAACUUUCUAGUCUUUAGAUGUCAGAAGCAACAAAGACGAUGAAGAACAAUCCUCUCUCCUGUUUGAAUCCACCACUACUUCAUCCGAACUCCCCCUUGUAACAUGCGUCUACCUCCUCUAACAAUCCUGGUACCUUCAGACCUCCAGGCUCAUCAGGCUGUGGAUCUUUCACCUUUUCUGCAGCUUCUUCCUGACUUUGCUGCAGUUUUCGGUGAUCUGUUCCUUUAAGUGCUCAGCCUGGACUCAGUUCAUGACUGUUUUACUGUUUCUAUGAACAAACACAAAGGUUUGGUUGGAUUUUGCUUCUACUUUCUUUUUUAGUUCUCCUUCGUCCAUAGAGAUUAUACUGCUGCAGAAGGGAAUUCCUGAGAACUGUACGGUUCCUAACAGUUUGCUUUUAUUAAAGAUAUUUAUUUCCUCACUC